AUGCUCCGCCAAACCAUCAUCCGACCUGCUGUCACAGCCAACCGGGCUCUGCUGACCCGGUCCUUCUCUGUUGCUGCGCCCCGACUGGGCGAAGGUGACACUGGCGCGCCUCGCACUGGAGGCGCUGCUGCUGGUGACUCGUUCACCAAGCGUGAGGCUGCUCAAGAGGCCCUCUAUAUCCGCGAAAAGGAGCUUGAGAAGCUCGCUCAACUUCGGAAGAAGAUUAAUGACCAGCGCGCUCACCUCGAUGAGCUCGAGGGUCACAUUGACAAGUUGACCAAGGACCAGUCUGGCAAGAACUAG